ACCCCGCCCCUCGCUCUCUCUCUCCCUGCCUGGUUAUCCUCUCUCCGCGGCGGGAAAGCCAGAGCUGACUCUGGAUCGCUGCCCCCUCAGCCCAGCCCAGGCGCCUGGGUUUGUUUUUCCCCAGAAAGCGGACGGAACAUCCCGGGGACCGAGGAUGGAUCCCCGAUCUCCUCCGGUGCUGCUGCUGCUCGGCUUCCUCCGGGGGAUCGCUGCAGGAGCUGGAGGGACCGAGGUGUUGGCUGCUAUUGGUUCAUCAGUUUUACUGGAUCCUGAACACGGAGCUAAUCUCAGCAACAGUCAGGUUGAAUGGACGUUCACCGGCAGUGAUGGAAAACUUGUCACUAUUCUGGAUUAUGCACCAAAUUCCCCAAUACAAAAACCGAAUGAUGCCUUCAAAUCCCGUUUACAUUUUAAUACAACCAAUGGAUCAGUGACGUUGACCAAUCUGAAUUCCAGUGACCAAGGAGUUUAUACCAUCACUGUGGGUAGUAACUGGAAGAGGAGUAUGGAUCUGAAACUCAUUGGCCUUACAGGUCUGCACCAUAGCAAUUUGGCAUUUUCUGUCGCGGCCUUGGUUACUGUUAGUAUCACACUGAUCACUGCUGUUGCAUCCUUUAUGGAGAGAAAGUCAAGCAUGAACAAGGACAUAACAAAACGGCGCCAGUUUAUUCGAGAGAAGAUGCAGCAUUUGUUGAAGGCUGCACCGGUGUUAUCGUUCAUCUUCUUUUCUGUUGCGUGCGCAUGUUGGAUGCUGAAUGAAGUUUGCCUGGACAAGUCCCGUACACUAACUUCAGUAGCUCCAAUCAUCAGGAAUUCUAUUCCGUUUGUUGGUGUAAUAGGACAUGCGGCAGGGCACUUGGGAAUCACUGGAAUUCUGUUUGCGUUUUUGAUUCUCCAUCUCGCAGUGAUACUUUCAAAUUGUCAUUUCAUCAGUGACAAACGCAUAUUGAGUAAGAUCAUCGCGAACAAAGUGUGCCAAGGUAUUCUGAAUGUCAGCACAGUGUGUGGGCCAAGUAUCCUCAUCAGAGAAAUCAUGAAACAAGUCGAUAGCGAUUGUGGUUCAACAACCAUUCUACAAUCAACGAUAAUUCCAACUGUGGUGAUGACAUUGAUUAAUCUUGUUGUUGUUGUGACCUUUUUACCUCUUACAAAAAGUAGCGAAAGGGCCAACCAACUGACUGGAACUCCUGCAAGUACUGGUUUCAGAGAUUCUGAUCAGCAUCAAUAUACUAAGGUGAGGGAAACACCCUCAAGUCCAGGAGCACAGCCAUCACCAAACGAGUGACUUAAAUCUGGGAUCACUGCAAAAGAACACUUUAAACCUUGGUGCAUUGCUGCGAUCAACAUACUACCUGAAAUGUGGGCUGUAAACACUGAGAAAUUGAUUUGCUUGCGGCUCGUUUCAGGAAGGAAAUCUGUAUCUUCCUUGGUCUGACCUAAAUGUGACUGAGUCUGGGCAAUGUGGUGUUAUCAUGUCAUCAAUAAAAUAAGCAUGGACUGCAGCGAAAGUCAAGAGCUCUAAGGAUAUUUUAAAUUGCUAAUUCUUGUUUGAACUUGUUUUAUACUGGACACUUUUUUUGAUACUUUAUAUCUGUGCUUGUGUGUGUGCUUGCUGUUGGGACUUUUUCUCUGGGUCAAAUAGGUAAUAAAAUUCUUCAUUCUUUCACUCAGGAGGAGCUUAGAAUGUGCUCGUUUAUUUUGAUGUCGUAAAUUAUGUUUUAAUUUUAGUCUGGUAUAGGUUUGUGCUGAAAUGGAUUUAAAAUCUAUGUUGUGGCCGACUAAAGGAGUUAAAAAGAAGGCGAGGUCGUUCACCCUUGCUCACCUGUUUGAAGCUAAGUAUAAACGAUUGGUUAUUCUGGUUAGAAACACUGGGUAGGCCAUUCAGCCCAUCGUGCCCACCUCACUGUACCACUCAGUUAGAUCAUCACUGAUCACCUGUGUCAGUGCCACUUGGCUGCAUUAUCUUUAUAUCCUUGAUGCUAUUAGCCUCCAGAAAUUCAUCAACUUCUGUCCUGAACACGCUCAAUGAUCAAUCUUCCACAGGGGUUAGCCAAUUACAAAGAUUCUCCAGCCUAUGAAUGAAGAGAUUUCUCCUCAUCUAAGUCUCAAACAGAUUAUCCCAUUGUUAUGAUCUCCUUUGCUGUUGUGAUGACCAGUCAGGGAAAACAUCUGUCGAGUACGAUGAGAAUUCUGUAAGUUUUAUUGAGAUUGCCUUUUAUUCUCUGAAACCCGAUGGAAUACCAAAUCCAAUUUCUUGCCUCAAAAGAAAAUCCCAUUUUCUCGGGAUUGGUUUGUGUCCCUGUUCCUCUUUGACUUUAUAUCCUUCCUUCGAUAAGGAGACCCACACUGUAAGGAAUAGUCCAGAUGCAUUCUUAUUCAGGCUGUUGGAAUGCUAUCCUUUAUUCCGAGGGGAAUGAAACUUAAAGGUAAGUGCGAGGGGAGAGAGGAGGAGCGAGUGGAACAGAGAUGGUAAAGGUAUGCAGAACAAAAAGUCCAUACAUCUUGGUCAAAGGACCAAGGUCUCCUCAAUCCACAGGCAGCAGCCCCGCAUCUACUGAUAUCUGGCCCGUGCCUGCCUGUCCAUAUCAACGUGGUACAUCACCAAUCCAUUGACAAUACAUUUCUGCACUGUCUUGCUGCACUUUGGGGCUCACUGGCACCUAUUAUUACAAUGCUCCAGUAAGGAUACUGUGCUCAGGACAGGUAAGUGGACUGGACUCAACUACAUCAGACAUUUGUUUGGGUGCCUGCUCAGUUUGUUCACCAGGAUGCUCCCUUCAUUCCUGCAUUGCUUUGUGUUGGAGAACAGGCAUAAAGCCGGGUAGUUGGUCACUACCUGUCAGGUAGUCACCAGUCAAGAAGGAGUGACUAUGUUACCAAUCUCUCACUUACACCACGUGGCAAACACGUGACGCAUAAUUCCACCAAAUGCUCACCGGGGCUUAAAGUCAGAUGGCAGUGGCCCUCAGUGAUGUCAAGGGAGACAUCCUUUAGUCAGAGGGCCCCAAAACAUCAAGCAAGUCAAGGGUGGCCUGUGAUAUCAAUUCAGAGGAUUGGGGAUGGUCAGCCACCUGUUCUGGUGGUCAGAGCAACAAUCCUCUCCAUUUCAGUCCCAAGGAGACAAAUCUCAGUGUGGAAGAAUUGACUAACAUGGACACAAAACUGCCAUUUUGUCACAAAGCGAUUUUUGCAGUCAGAUUUCUAGCCAUAGUGCUGUCUGAGAGCUGGCUGAGGCAUUCUGCUUUGAUAAGCCUGACCCUGCAGCUACAGGCUGUCUCGGCUCCUCAGUGCCAUUAGUGCUGCUCUAGAGAAUGAUGUGUUGUUGCUCUCUGUCCCUUAUUGGUUAUUCGAGCCCCGCUAAACCUGGAGUGUAAGGUAACGUUCAGUUUUGAAGACAUUAAGACAUGUAGUCUGGACAAUACAUGGGAGCCUUAUAACUGUCCCAAAGUUGCGUAAUUAAUGGGCAGUGGGCUUAUAUUUUACUAUAUAACUUGUGAACACUCUGUAUUUCAUUGGAAUUGCGUUGUUCUUUGUUCUGAAUGAAGA